GCAUAAAGUAUUCAAUACUCACAAAAGUGAGUUAUUAAAACCUGUAUAGACAGUAUAUGCUGUUAUUCAAUGUUAUACAUCUUAUUAAUGAGGUGCUCAUACAAGUUACUUUGUAGAUAUGCAAAGAAAUCAGCAAAAAGUGGUUCACUGUGGUUGGCUUACCAAGCAAGGUGGUAAUCUACUAAAAAAUUACAGAAUGAGAUGGUUUGAACUAAAGGGGGACAUAUUAUAUUAUCAGAAAGAACAAGGUGAUGGAAAACCAUUGGGCGAAAUCAUGUUACCUGGCAACCAAAUUAUUAAGCAUCCCGUGGAUCCACAGAACGAUCCGGGGAGAUAUAAAAUGGAAAUUUUACCUGGGAAUGGUAAAGUUGGUCCGAUUAAUGGAAAUCACGAAACAUAUCUUUUGUCUGCGCAAUCGGAAGCUGAAAGGGAUAAAUGGGUACAAGUCAUUGAAAGAAUUAUAUACGCGCCUCUUGGAGGGGGAAUGUUCGGCAGAAAUCUGGCGGAGACCGUCUUGUAUGAACAGAAAAAGACUGGGGGAUAUAUUCCUGUUUUUGUUGAGCGAUGUGUUGAGUUCAUUAGGGAGAAAGGUCUAAGUGAAGAAGGCUUAUUCCGUUUGCCUGGCCAUCAAAAGCAAGUGUCAAUCCUUCGAGAUGCCUUCAAUCGCGGUAAAGAUCCGACCUUGCCUGACGAUACUGAUGUACAUACAGUAGCAUCGUUGUUAAAGAUGUAUUUACGAGAACUUCCCGAACCCGUAAUUCCCUUUGAAAAUUUCGGACCACUAAUCGCUACGAUUGAAUUGUAUGAACUACAUGAAGAAGAUGCUCUUCGAAAAAUUUUAAAUCAACUUGCUGAGAUCCCGAAGACCAGUUAUAACUUGCUGAAAUAUUUGUGUCGAUUCCUUAACCAAGUUCAUGAAAAUUCGAAAGAGAAUAAAAUGACAGCUGAUAAUCUUGCCUUGGUAUUUGGACCGAAUAUUUUAAGUCCUGAGUCCGAAGCUGAUCCACACGUACUCAUGGAAAGUUCAACUAUGAUCACAAAACUUACAAAAAUAUUUAUUUGUAAGCAACAUGUUCUGUUCAAGAAAACGAAGGAUGAAGAAGAAUUUUUACAACGAAGACGGGAACGUGAAGGCAAUCUUAUUGACUUAUCUUACAUGGAUAGCUCUGGAAGCCCAACUAUUAACAGUGGUUUUGAUUUCAACAUGAUACAGUCUACGUGCUCUGAUAUAAAUUCCAACUCAAUCGAUGCUGUUGGAGCUAAGUCUGACAAUGCAGAAGCAAUAGCAGAAUUGGAGCAUGAACUUGAAAUACAAAGGCGACAGUAUGAAGCAGAGAUAUCGGCGCUUACAUCAAAAUUAGAAGAUGAGAAAAAAAUUAGAAGCAUGUUGGAAUUAAGAUUACAAGAUGAAAAGCGAGCAAGAGUUGAUCUAGAAAAAAGACUUCAGUUUCUUGAAAAUGGAAUUGAUGAAUUAGUUGCGUCAAUGAGUUCUGGCAACGAAAUAAAGGAACGUUUAUCAGUUUACACGGAAAAGUAAAUAUCUUACACAAAAUUGAAAUUAUGGAAUAGCAAUUUGAUUUUAAAAAAUGUACUAUUCAUUACUAAAAAAAUUGUCAUGAGAAAUAAUUACACAUCUUAUAUGUAAAUAUAACAUCUUAUCAGAUGACUAAUUAAUUGUAAAUAUACAAACGCUCUUAUAAAUACAUUGAUACAUCAUUCUUAGUGUGUAUCUGAUGUGCAGAAA